AUGACCGCCAUCGAAACGAAGUGCGGCACGCGAGCGGCAGGUAAGCUAGGACAGCGUGGUCGUCAAAAGUCUGACACCGGCUUUGGCGAUUCGCGUAUAGGCUCAGCGAAUGCAGCUAGUCGUAGCGAUGUCAAGAGUGCAAGCACGCAGUGA